AUGAGCACGACGUAUGUUGAACUCGCCGUUUUGUGUUAUGAAGGAGGAGCUGACUGCUCCACUACGCGGAUUCGCCAAUCGCAGAAGCCCUACUGGCCUUCGACGGCGACCAUUCUCGAUAGACCUGAAAGCUGGGCAAUGCGAGAGUCUGGCACCAACCCACUCAUCGCACAGAUGAUCUUCCAGCACUUCCUUGAUGCCGUACGUCCCAGGAGGACAGCACAAUACUCAGUCUUCGAGACAUUCUUUCUGGAGCCGGACAGGCCAUACGUGGACGGUGGCACGGAUGCUGAUACACCAGUUGGACACCUCGGCAACGAAUUGAUAUCGCAGCGUUUCACCCAGCUCAUCAAUACUUUCAUUGUUGCGACGACGGCUCCAGUCGCUCUUACUGGCGGAUUUGGCGUCUCUACUCCGUUCAUGGACUACAACACGAGCCGGACAGACUUGCAGAUCGAAACAACCUCUGUCAUAAUCCGCUGCCACAAAAUGUGGGCAAUAUGUCUCAUAUGUCUGUCUUCUCUCCUUGUCAUAGCAGGCUUACUGACCGCUUUCCUGGAUCUUCGUCGCAAAGCACCGGGCAUAUUUGACAGCUUUGUGACUUCCAUUAGAGAUAGUCCCUAUGCAAGAUUACAGCAUUUGAGUUCAACAGAAGACAGCGUUGAUCUAGCAAGACGGCAACAAAACACCCGUGUGCGGAUCGGAGAUGUCAAGUCGGAUGAUACUCACGGUUACAAUGCUGUUGCCACACUUUCUGGAUCUCACGAAGUCGGGAGGCUGGGCUCGAGGAGACUGUAUAUAUGA